ACUUUGGCGCUUUUCAUUUUCUCAAAUUUGAGAACCAGAAAAGAAGUGACGAGAGAGACUGAGACAGAGAUGAUGGACAUGGAUAAUUUCCUGGACUUUGAGUCAGAAGACCCACUCGUAAAUCGUCCUGCUGUUACUAAGAAGAGGAAGAAGACUAUUGGGUUGGAUGACCUUUUGACUGAUUUCUACAAGGAAGAAGACAAGCUUGUUGAAAAGAAAUCUAAGCGUGCAAAACCACGAAGGAACAAUGAUUCAGAUGAGGAAGAUAAUCAUAAAGAGGCUGCGCUCUAUGACAUUGUCGAUAAGUGUGAAAGCGAGAUGAGAGAAAUAAGCGGUAAGGAGGACAGCUUUGUGUGGGGCAUAUGCGCUUUUGGAAACCAGAAAACCCCACCUCCUCUAUCUUUUCCAGAGAUUAAAAGUUGCACACUCUUGCAGUCUUUCAUUAAUGAUGAGCUCAACUCUGUGAUUGAUAUCUCUACAGAAAAUGGAGACACCUUCCUUGAAGGAUUACUAGUAAAUGGCUGGCUUUCAAAAUUGGUUUUUGCCAGUCGUCAUCUAGAAGAAUCAGUGGCCACAUGGACCUUUAAUUUGAUGCUAUAUUCACCCAAAGAAGAUUUGAGGGCAUCUGCAUGUGACUUCUGGUGUGCUAUUCUCUCAUUUGAAAAUGAGGUUGACUUACAGCCUAUCAAAAUUGAUUGGUUUCCUAGCUAUUCUGAGUUAAAAAUAGCUCUUGAAAGCUAUGGUUUUCUAUUCAAAUUUUCAUCUAACACGGAUUCUGCUCGUUCUAAUUCUGCUUCUCGAGGUCCAGCUCAAAAUAUUAGAGCUUGGCUUAAACUUGCAACUGCUUCUUGUCAAAUGAGAAACAAAAGGGCUAUGUACUUGACUUCAGAAGCCGAAGAGUUGAUUGAAGUCAUUAUUUGUCUAUUUUCUGACCGCCAACUUCAAGGUCUUCUUGUGCUUUUGAAUGAAUGCAUGCUGUCAGCUAUCAGUUACUUCACUAACGAAGAAUGGGAAUCUAGCUGUGAGAAGAUAGCAAACUCUCUUGCUAGCAGAGUACCUAAGGACUUGAACUGCCUAAGAAUUGUGGAAUGCAUUUCGGUAGAAAAUUCUCGCUGUAAGCUGUUUAGAAGUACAGUUGCCCAUCAAAUCCUUCUUAGUUAUUUUGAUCAUAAGGCCCCUUCUGAAGAAGAGAUCCUAAAACUGCUUAUCCCAAUCAAUGUCAAAGACAAAAGCUGUGAUUUUUUCAAGAUGUACAUACACUUGGUGUUGACAGAGAAUUGGCUCUUGUCUAAUCAACUUUUAGAAGACAAGCCAGUCUUGAAGGCAAUGUGGCGCCACUACUUAAGAAACUGUUCUUGCAUGAUAGCCAGCACAGACUUGCGGUGUUUUGCAUCUAAGGUCCGCAACAAGGCUUCAUAUCUUCUGCAAGGCACUGUCAGCUAAUUAGUUGAAAUCAUGUAUAUUAUGUAACAUAUGAGUAGGAAAGAAUCAGGAAGAAAGUGCCCUGAUACAUUAUGAAUUGCUAACUGGAGUUGUAUUGAGUCAGCAUCCUGAAGCAGGACGUUUUGAAGCAUAUUGGGGGGGCUUGCCUCUAGUGGUUUUUGCAAAGGGAAUGUUCGUUUGGUUUUAUUUGCUUCUUUCCUCCCUCACUAAGUUUCUCUGUAAUGGAUAUAUUGGUAAUGUAUAAUGUAAUUGGAGACAAA